CCAAACGGGGUGCCGGGCACCACCGGCCACAGCUGGGUACCACCGGGCACUGCUGGGUGCCACCCAGCGCCGCCGGGUAAAGCCGGGCAUCUCCAGGCACUGCCAGUCAUCACCAUGACAUGACCACUGGCCGCUGCUGGAUAUCACUGGUACCACUGGGCGCCACCGGGCACUGCUAGCUGCUGCUGGACAGCGUGGGCAUAGCCAGGCACCCCGGCCCAGGUGGCAGCGCUGGACAGUCCAGGGUGGAAUGUCUGUGGCUCUUGUUUGGGCCCGGUUGUGCCCAGCAGCCACAGGGCCCCCCGAACCGCCCCCAUGGCACCAGGACCCCCCUUGAGCCCUCCGGUUGUCCCUCCCAGCCGGGCUGUCAGCACCUCACGGCAGCUGUGACAGGGACAGUUAAAAAUAGCUCGGGCAGCAAUGGCUGCCCGGUGCCGGCUUGCUGCACGCUUCCACCACAUCCACGGCGCCAACAUCCGCCUGGACGCCUCGCACACACAAGCCACGCGGGUGGAAAGCUUCGCCAACGGGCUCUGCUUCAGCCAGGAGCCUCUGGCACCCGGGCAGAUCUUCCUGGUGGAGAUUGAGGAGAAGGAGCUGGGCUGGUGCGGGCACUUGCGCGUGGGACUGACAGCUCAUGACCCCCAGAGCCUGGAGGUAGUGCCUGAGUACUCGCUGCCGGACCUGGUCAGCCUGGGGGACACCUGGGUGUUUGCCAUCACCCGCAACCACAACCGCGUGGUGCUGGAGGGGGAGCAGGCGCAGCCGCGGGGGCGGCCCUGGGAGCCCUUCCUGCUGAUCGAGCGGGUGCGGAUCCCGCGGGACACGCUGGUGGGGCGCAGCCGGCCCGGCCGCUACAGCCACAUCCUGGAUGAGCUGUUCAAGACGAACGUGCUGCCCGCCACCGCCCGGCGCAGCCGCAUCGGGGUGCUGUACGCCCCGCAGCCCGACGGCACCGCCGACAUGCACAUCGUCAUCAACGGCGAGGACAUGGGCCCGAGCGCCCGCGGCCUGCCCGCCUCACGCCCGCUCUACGCCGUCAUCGACGUCUUUGCCUCCACCAAGAGCGUCCGGGUGAUCCCCGUGGAUUAUGGCUGUAGUUCCUUCCCUGCAGACGCUGUGCCGGCUGGUUAUCCAGAAACACAUUGUGCACCGCCUGGCCAUCGAUGGCCUGGACUUGCCCCCGCUACUCAAGAGCUCCUGCCAACAUGAGUGAGGUAUUGAGGGUGCUGCUGGGCUGCCCCCCACAUCAACAGCCCCCAGGGAUGGCUGCCUGGCAGGCUCUGUGCCCCUCCCUUCAAGUGCUGCUGAAGGGCUGACAUGAGAGCAGAGCAAAGUGGGGUUGGGAUUUUCCCCACACUGAUGGUGUGGCACGCCCAGAGCACGGGCAGGGGGAUUGAUGUGGGUCAGAGACUGCAAUAAAGUGCUUCCAGACAAGA